AUGAGAGCCGAGUGCUUCCUCUCUCUGAAAUCAGUGUGUGAUGUGGUCAACUCUCAUCAGUCACACAGCUCAGAGCUGGGAGGAGGAGCUCUGUUCAUCAGUCACACACCCCAGAGUCGGAAGGAGGAGCUCUACGGUGUGAGGUUGGUGAAUGGUGGAAGUCACUGUGCUGGGAGAGUGGAGGUUCUUCAGGAUGGUCAGUGGGGAACAGUGUGUGGUAUUUUUUACUGGGAUCUGAAAGAUGCUGCAGUGGUGUGUGGAGAGCUGGGCUGUGGGGAGCCUGUAAACGCACCAAAAUACAGUGACUUUGGACCGGGAUUAGGACCAAUCUGGAUGGCUUAUGUGGAGUGUAAUGGAUCAGAGUCGACACUGAAGAACUGUACAUCACGGGGGAGGGGGGAUUACUGUGGUCACAGUAAUGAUGCUGGAGUCACCUGUUCAGGUAAACUGCUAAUGCCGAGACUCUCUGCUGGUACUCACCGGUGCUCUGGGAGAGUGGAGGUGCUUCAUGGAGGUUCCUGGUCCACAGUGUGUGAUGCUGACUUUGACCAGCAGGACGCAGAGGUUGUGUGCAGAGAGCUGGGCUGUGGGAUUCCUGUGGAGGUGCUGGGAUCAGCUGCUUUUGGCCGAGGGGAGGGUCAGGUGUGGACAGAGGAGCUUCAGUGUAGAGGAAAUGAAUCUGAUAUUACCUUCUGUCCAACAUCAUCUUCACUCAAACACUCAACCUGCUCCCAUGACAACGAUGUGGGAUUAAAAUGUUCUGCUCACACAGGGGCGCGGCUGGUGAACGGACCGGACUCCUGUUCCGGUCGAGUGGAGCUUCAGUACCUCAGUGAGUGGGGCACAGUUUGUGCUGUAAGCUGGGAUAUGAGAGCUGCAGAUGUUCUCUGUGCACAGCUGGAUUGUGGGAGUGCUGUGGCUGUGGUGGAGGUCGAAUGGUUUGGGGAGGGGCGUGACCCCAUCUGGGCUGAUGUGUUUGAUUGUCAGGGGAAUGAGACACACCUCUCACAAUGUGGCGUCUCAUCAUGGAGUCGAGCUGCAUGCUCUCAUCAACACGAUGCUGGAGUCAUCUGUAAUGGAUCAUCCGUGGCGUUUCAUGAGGGGCGAGUGCGGUUGUCUGGAGGGAGCGAGUGUCAGGGGGAGGUGGAGAUUUAUUUCAGGCAGGACUGGAGGAGAGUUCUCCUGGACUCGUGGAGUCUGUCUGAGGCGUCUGUGCUCUGCAGACAGCUGGGCUGUGGCUCCGUGCUGAACUACCGCUCCUCUCCAUCCACCACUGAACACAAACACAUGUGUGUAAUGGGUUUCAGCUGCUCUGGGACUGAAGCUCAUCUGGGGAACUGCAGCAGAGCACAAAAUGUCAGCUGCAGCUCCGGGGAACAGCUGUACAUCACCUGCUCAGGUAAGUUUAACUCAGAUCCCAGGUCCAUCAGGCUGGUUGGUUCUGGUGGAGACUGUGCAGGAAGGCUGGAGGUUUUCCACAGCAGCUCGUGGGGGACAGUGUGUGAUGACUCGUGGGAUAUUGAGGAUGCGCAGGUGGUGUGCAGACAGCUGCAGUGUGGAGAGGCCCUCAGUACCCACAUACCAGCCUGGUUUGGUCCUGGAACUGGGUCCAUAUGGCUGAAUGAGGUGGAGUGUGAGGGGAACGAGACGUCCCUGUGGAACUGCAGAUUUCAGCGGUGUGAAGAGGGUGAAUGUGGACACCAGGAGGACGUAGGAGUCAUAUGCUCAGAGUUUAAAGAGAUCCGACUCACGGAGGGCUGUGAGGGGAAUCUGGAAGUGUUCUACAAUGGAACCUGGGGUAAUGUGUGUCACAAUCAGAUGGAUGAUGAGACAGGAAACAUGGUGUGUCGAGAGCUGAACUGUGGAAGACGUGGCAGUCUGUCAAACACUGCAGCGAGAGUAAAAUCUGCUCCAAACUGGCUGGAUUAUCUGCAGUGUAGGAAACACGACUCUAAUCUGUUGCAGUGUCCAUCUUCACCCUGGGGACAGAACCGCUGUGAUAAUGGUGAUGAGGUGGUUCAUAUUACCUGUACAGGUGGGUGGAUUCAGACUUUUCUGCUUCUGUCCAUUGCCAUAAACUGCAGUUGCUCUUCAUUUCCCUCUCAGAAACAUUGCUCAAAGCGCUGGUCUCUCAGGCUGAGGGGAGAUAAGGGAAGCUGCUCUGGGAGGUUGGAGGUGUAUCAUAACACUACAUGGGGCUCCGUUUGUGAUGAUCAGUGGAACAUCAGGAACGCUCAGGUGGUGUGCAGACAGCUGGGCUGUGGGUCGGUGCUGAGAGCUGAGAGGAAUGUUCCUGGUUCUGGUGAAGGGACGAUCUGGCUGAACAGAGUGAAGUGUCGAGGGGAUGAGAUUCACCUGUGGGACUGUCAUCAUUCCCUGAAGAACCACACUGACUGCUCUCAUGCUGGAGUCACCUGUGCAGGCAGUGUGAGGUUGGUGAAUGGUGGGAGUCGCUGUGCUGGGAGAGUGGAGGUUCUUCAGGAUGGUCAGUGGGGAACAGUGUGUGGUGGUGGCUGGGAUCUGGUCGAUGCUGCAGUGGUGUGUGGAGAGCUGCGCUGUGGGGAGCCUGUAAAUGCACCACAAUUCGGUCACUUUGGAGAAGGAUCAGGACCAAUCUGGAUGUUUGGUGUGCAGUGUAAAGGAUCAGAGUCGACACUGAAGAACUGUGAAUCAUAUGGGAGGGGGGAAGAAUACUGUCAUCACGGUGGUGAUGCUGGAGUCACCUGUUCAGGUCAGGGUUCGAGACUCUCUGCUGGUCCUCACCGGUGCUCUGGGAGAGUGGAGGUGUUUCAGGGAGGUUCCUGGUCCACAGUGUGUGAUGCUGACUUUGACCAGCAGGAUGCAGAGGUUGUGUGCAGAGAGCUGGGCUGUGGGAUUCCUGUGGAGGUGCUGGGAUCAGCUGCUUUUGGCCGAGGGGAGGGUCAGGUGUGGACAGAGGAGCUUCAGUGUAGACGAAAUGAAUCUGAGAUUUACUUCUGUCCAACAUCAUCUUCACUCAAACACUCAACCUGCUCCCAUGACAACGAUGUGGGAUUAAAAUGUUCUGCUCACACAGGGGCGCGGCUGGUGAACGGACCGGACUCCUGUUCCGGUCGAGUGGAGCUCCAGUACCUCAGUGAGUGGGGCACAGUUUGUGCUGUAAGCUGGGAUAGGAGAGCUGCAGAUGUUCUCUGUGCACAGCUGGAUUGUGGGAGUGCUGUGGCUGUGGUGGAGGUCGACUGGUUUGGGGAGGGGCGUGACCCCAUCUGGGCUGAUGUGUUUGAUUGUCAGGGGAAUGAAACACACCUCUCACAAUGUGGCGUCUCAUCAUGGAGUCGAGCUGCAUGCUCUCAUCAACACGAUGCUGGAAUCAUCUGUAAUGGAUCAUCCGUGGCGUUUCAUGAGGGGCGAGUGCGGUUGUCUGGAGGGAGCGAGUGUCAGGGGGAGGUGGAUAUUUAUUUCAGGCAGGACUGGAGGAGAGUUCUCCUGGACUUGUGGAGUCUGUCUGAGGCGUCUGUGCUCUGCAGACAGCUGGGCUGUGGCUCCGUGCUGAACUACCGCUCCUCUCCAUCCACCACUGAACACAAACACAUGUGUGUAACGGGUUUCAGCUGCUCUGGGACUGAAGCUCAUCUGGGGAACUGCAGCAGAGCACAAAAUGUCAGCUGCAGCUCCGGGGAACAGCUGUACAUCACCUGCUCAGGUAAGUUUAACUCAGACCCCAGGUCCAUCAGGCUGGUUGGUUCUGGUGGAGACUGUGCAGGAAGGCUGGAGGUUUUCCACAGCGGCUCGUGGGGGACAGUGUGUGAUGACUUGUGGGAUAUUGAGGAUGCACAGGUGGUGUGCAGACAGCUGCAGUGUGGAGAGGCCCUCAGUACCCACAUACCAGCCUGGUUUGGUCCUGGAACUGGGUCCAUAUGGCUGAAUGAGGUGGAGUGUGAGGGGAACGAGACGUCCCUGUGGAACUGCAGAUUUCAGUGGUGUGAAGAGGGUGAAUGUGGACACCAGGAGGACGUAGGAGUCGUGUGCUCAGAGUUUAAAGAGAUCCAACUCACGGAGGGCUGUGAGGGGAAUCUGGAAGUGUUCUACAAUGGAACCUGGGGUAAUGUGUGUCACAAUCAGAUGGAUGAUGAGACAGUAAACAUGGUGUGUCGAGAGCUGAACUGUGGAAGACGUGGCAGUCUGUCAAACACUGCAGCGAGAGUAAAAUCUGCUCCGAACUGGCUGGAUUAUCUGAAGUGUAGGAAACACGACUCUAAUCUGUGGCAGUGUCCAUCUUCACCCUGGGGACAGAACCACUGUGAUAAUGGUGAUGAGGUGGUUCAUAUUACCUGUACAGGUGGGUGGAUUCAGACUUUUCUGGUUCUGUCUAUUGCCAUAAACUGCAGUUGCUCUUCAUUUCCCUCUCAGAAGCAUUGCUCAAAGCGCUGGUCUCUCAGGCUGAGGGGAGAUAACGGAAGCUGCUCUGGGAGGUUGGAGGUGUAUCAUAACGCUACGUGGGGCUCCGUUUGUGAUGAUCAGUGGAACAUCAGGAACGCUCAGGUGGUGUGCAGACAGCUGGGCUGUGGGUCGGCGCUGAGAGCUGAGAGGAAUGUUCCUGGUCCUGGUGAAGGGAUGAUCUGGCUGAACAGAGUGAAGUGUCGAGGGGAUGAGAUUCACCUGUGGGACUGUCAUCAUUCCCUGAAGAACCACACUGACUGCUCUCAUGCUGGAGUCACCUGUGCAGACGGUGUGAGGUUGGUGAAUGGUGAAAGUCGCUGUGCUGGGAGAGUGGAGGUUCUUCAGGAUGGUCAGUGGGGAACAGUGUGUGGUGGUGGCUGGGAUCUGAAAGAUGCUGCAGUGGUGUGUGGAGAGCUGCGCUGUGGGGAGCCUGUAGAUGCACCACAAUACGGUUACUUUGGAGAAGGAUCAGGACCAAUCUGGAUGUUUGGUCUGCAGUGUAGAGGAUCAGAGUCGAAACUGAAGAACUGUGAAUCAUAUGGGAGAGGGGAACAAUAUGGCUGUCAUCACGGUGGUGAUGCUGGAGUCACCUGUUCAGCUCACAGAAUGCCGAGACUCUCUGCUGGUCCUCACCGGUGCUCUGGGAGAGUGGAGGUGUUUCAUGGAGGUUCCUGGUCCACAGUGUGUGAUGCUGACUUUGACCAGCAGGAUGCAGAGGUUGUGUGCAGAGAGCUGGGCUGUGGGAUUCCUGUGGAGGUGCUGGGAUCAGCUGCUUUUGGCCGAGGGGAGGGUCAGGUGUGGACAGAGGAGCUUCAGUGUAGAGGAAACGAAUCUGAUAUUACCUUCUGUCCAACAUCAUCUUCACUCAAACACUCAACCUGCUCCCAUGACAACGAUGUGGGAUUAAAAUGUUCUGCUCACACAGGGGCGCGGCUGGUGAACGGAUCGGACUCCUGUUCCGGUCGAGUGGAGCUCCAGUACCUCAGUGAGUGGGGCACAGUUUGUGCUGUAAGCUGGGAUAGGAGAGCUGCAGAUGUUCUCUGUGCACAGCUGGAUUGUGGGAGUGCUGUGGCUGUGGUGGAGGUCGACUGGUUUGGGGAGGGGCAUGACCCCAUCUGGGCUGAUGUGUUUGAUUGUCAGGGAAAUGAGACACACCUCUCACAAUGUGGCGUCUCAUCAUGGAGUCGAGCUGCAUGCUCUCAUCAACACGAUGCUGGAGUCAUCUGUAAUGGAUCAUCCGUGGCAUUUCAUGAGGGGCGAGUGCGGUUGUCUGGAGGGAGCGAGUGUCAGGGGGAGGUGGAGAUUUAUUUCAGGCAGGACUGGAGGAGAGUUCUCCUGGACUCGUGGAGUCUGUCUGAGGCGUCUGUGCUCUGCAGACAGCUGGGCUGUGGCUCUGUGCUGAACUACCACUCCUCUCCAUCCACCACUGAACACAAACACAUGUGUGUAACGGGUUUCAGCUGCUCUGGGACUGAAGCUCAUCUGGGGAACUGCAGCAGAGCACAAAAUGUCAGCUGCAGCUCCGGGGAACAGCUGUACAUCACCUGCUCAGACCCCAGGUCCAUCAGGCUGGUUGGUUCUGGUGGAGACUGUGCAGGAAGACUGGAGGUUUUCCACAGCGGCUCGUGGGGGACAGUGUGUGAUGACUCGUGGGAUAUUGAGGAUGUGCAGGUGGUGUGCAGACAGCUGCAGUGUGGAGAGGCCCUCAGUACCCACAUACCAGCCUGGUUUGGUCCUGGUACUGGGUCCAUAUGGCUGAAUGAGGUGGAGUGUGAGGGGAACGAGACAUCCCUGUGGAACUGCAGAUUUCAGCGGUGUGAAGAGGGUGAAUGUGGACACCAGGAGGACGUAGGAGUCGUGUGCUCAGAGUUUAAAGAGAUCCGACUCACGGAGGGCUGUGAGGGGAAUCUGGAAGUGUUCUACAAUGGAACCUGGGGUAAUGUGUGUCACAAUCAGAUGGAGCAGGAGUUAGAAACAGCAGACAUGGUGUGUCGAGAGCUGAACUGUGGAAGACGUGGCAGUCUGUCAAACACUGCAGCGAGAGUAAAAUCUGCUCGGAACUGGCUGGAUCAUCUGAAGUGUAGGAAACACGACUCUAAUCUGUGGCAGUGUCCAUCUUCACCCUGGGGACAGAACCGCUGUGAUAAUGGUGAUGAGGUGGUUCAUAUUACCUGUACAGGUGGGUGGAUUCAGACUUUUCUGCUUCUGUCCGUUGCCAUAAACUGCAAAAAGUGCUCUUCAUUUCCCUCUCAGAAACAUUGCUCAAAGCGCUGGUCUCUCAGGCUGAGGGGAGAUAAGGGAAGCUGCUCUGGGGGGUUGGAGGUGUAUCAUAACGCUAUGUGGGGCUCCGUUUGUGAUGAUCAGUGGAACAUCAGCAACGCUCAGGUGGUGUGCAGACAGCUGGGCUGUGGGUCGGCGCUGAGAGCUGAGAGGAAUGUUACUGGUUCUGGUGAAGGGAUGAUCUGGCUGAACAGAGUGAAGUGUCGAGGGGAUGAGAUUCACCUGUGGGACUGUCAUCAUUCCCUGAAGAAACACAUUGGCUGCUCUCAUGCUGGAGUCACCUGUGCAGGUCAGAGGGGCAGUGUGAGGUUGAAGAAUGGAAGUCGCUGUGCUGGGAGAGUGGAGGUUCUUCAUGAUGGUCAGUGGGGAACAGUGUGUGAUGAUGACUGGGAUAUGAGAGAAGCUGCAGUGGUGUGCAGAGAGCUGCGCUGUGGGGAGCCUGUAAAUGUUCGGUAUGUGGCUCACUUUGGACGAGGAUCCGGACCAAUCUGGAUGGAUGAUGUGAACUGUAGAGGAUCAGAGUCAACACUGAAGAACUGUACAUCAGCAGAGUUGGGGAAACAUGACUGUACUCAUGGUGAAGAUGCUGGACUCACCUGCUCAGGCAGUGUGAGGCUGGUGAAUGGUGGAAGUCGCUGUGCUGGGAGAGUGGAGGUUCUUCAUGAUGGUCAGUGGGGAACAGUGUGUCAUUAUGGCUGGGAUAUGAGAGAAGCUGCAGUGGUGUGUAGAGAGCUGCGCUGUGGGGAGCCUGUAAAUGUUCGGUAUUUUGCUCACUUUGGACGAGGAUCCGGACCAAUCUGGAUGGAUGGUGUGAACUGUAUAGGAUCAGAGUCGACACUGAAGAGCUGUACAUCAAGAGAGUUGGGGAAAAAUAACUGUAAUCAUGGUGAAGAUGCUGGACUCACCUGCUCAGGUAAAUUGGGAUUGAGACUCUCUGCUGGUCCUCACCGGUGCUCUGGGAGAGUUGAGGUGUUCCAUGGAGGUUCCUGGUCCACAGUGUGUGAUGCUGACUUUGACCAGCAGGAUGCAGAGGUUGUGUGCAGAGAGCUGGGCUGUGGGAUUCCUGUGGAGGUGCUGGGAUCAGCUGCUUUUGGCCGAGGGGAGGGUCAGGUGUGGACAGAGGAGCUUCAGUGUAGAGGAAACGAAUCUGAGAUUUACUUCUGUCCAACAUCAUCUUCACUCAAACACUCAACCUGCUCCCAUGACAACGAUGUGGGAUUAAAAUGUUCUGGUCACACAGGGGCGCGGCUGGUGAACGGACCGGACUCCUGUUCCGGUCGAGUGGAGCUCCAGUACCUCAGUGAGUGGGGCACAGUUUGUGCUGUAAGCUGGGAUAUGAGAGCUGCAGAUGUUCUCUGUGCACAGCUGGAUUGUGGGAGUGCUGUGGCUGUGGUGGAGGUCGAAUGGUUUGGGGAGGGGCGUGACCCCAUCUGGGCUGAUGUGUUUGAUUGUCAGGGGAAUGAGACACACCUCUCACAAUGUGGCGUCUCAUCAUGGAGUCGAGCUGCCUGCUCUCAUCAAAACGAUGCUGGAGUCAUCUGUAAUGGAUCAUCCGUGGCGUUUCAUGAGGGGCGAGUGCAGUUGUCUGGAGGGAGCGAGUGUCAUGGGGAGGUGGAGAUUUAUUUCAGGCAGGACUGGAGGAGAGUUCUCCUGGACUUGUGGAGUCUGUCUGAGGCGUCUGUGCUCUGCAGACAGCAGGGCUGUGGCUCCGUGCUGAACUACCGCUCCUCUCCAUCCACCACUGAACACAAACACAUGUGUGUAACGGGUUUCAGCUGCUCUGGGACUGAAGCUCAUCUGGGGAACUGCAGCAGAGCACAAAAUGUCAACUGCAGCUCCGGGGAACAGCUGUACAUCACCUGCUCAGGUAUCUUUGACUCCGCCCACAGCUCCAUCAGGCUGGUUGGUUCUGGUGGAGACUGUGCAGGAAGGCUGGAGGUUUUCCACAGCGGCUCGUGGGGGACAGUGUGUGAUGACUCGUGGGAUAUUGAGGAUGCGCAGGUGGUGUGCAGACAGCUGCAGUGUGGAGAGGCCCUCAGUACCCACAUACCAGCCUGGUUUGGUCCUGGAACUGGGUCCAUAUGGCUGAAUGAGGUGGAGUGUGAGGGGAACGAGACGUCCCUGUGGAACUGCAGAUUUCAGCGGUGUGAAGAGGGUGAAUGUGGACACCAGGAGGACGUAGGAGUCGUGUGCUCAGAGUUUAAAGAGAUCCGACUCACGGAGGGCUGUGAGGGGAAUCUGGAAGUGUUCUACAAUGGAACCUGGGGUAAUGUGUGUCACAAUCAGAUGGAUGAUGAGACAGUAAACAUGGUGUGUCAAGAGCUGAACUGUGGAAGACGUGGCAGUCUGUCAAACACUGCAGCGAGAGUAAAAUCUGCUCCGAACUGGCUGGAUUAUCUGAAGUGUAGGAAACACGACUCUAAUCUGUGGCAGUGUCCAUCUUCACCCUGGGGACAGAACCGCUGUGAUAAUGGUGAUGAGGUGGUUCAUAUUACCUGUACAGGUGGGUGGAUUCAGACUUUUCUGCUUCUGUCCUGCUCUUCAUUUCCCUCUCAGAAACAUUGCUCAAAGCGCUGGUCUCUCAGGCUGAGGGGAGAUAAGGGAAGCUGCUCUGGGGGGUUGGAGGUGUAUCAUAAUGCUACAUGGGGCUCCGUUUGUGAUGAUCAGUGGAACAUCAGGAACGCUCAGGUGGUGUGCAGACAGCUGGGCUGUGGGUCGGCGCUGAGAGCUGAGAGGAAUGUUACUGGUCCUGGUGAAGGGACGAUCUGGCUGAACAGAGUGAAGUGUCGAGGGGAUGAGAUUCACCUGUGGGACUGUCAUCAUGCCCUGAAGAACCACACUGACUGCUCUCAUGCUGGAGUCACCUGUGCAGACAUAUCCACUGUGUCCACAGUGAGACCCACCACCACCACCACCACCACAUCAGUAAGAGCCACUCAAACUCCUCCAUCAGCUGGAGCUCCAUCCAGCCCUCCACUGGUUCUCUUUGUGUUGGGAACGCUGCUCUUCCUGGCCUUAGUGCUUCUGCUGCUCCUGUUUUACCAGAACAGAGCGCUCAGGAGAGAUGUCUCUAAGACGAGGUGUAAGACUCAGCCUGAGGCAGUCUAUGAGGAGAUCAACCACAGAUCCAUCACUAGAAGAAUCAGGAGCUCCACUCAAAGAGGAUCGUGCUGCUCUCCUCUAACAGGAAGUCUCCUCUCUGAAGAACAGCAUUCUGGGUAUGAGCAUGUGGAUGAUGAGCUUCUCUCAGAGGAUGAAGCGGAGAAUUAUGAUGACGCCAUUCCAGCUGAUCAGAAGUCAGUUAUACUGACAGAGGACGUGUCCAAGAACUACGAUGAUGCGGUUACCAUGGAAACAAACCCAAACAUCGUCACAGAAUAUGAUGACGUGGAGGAGAAAUCUCAGAAAGACAGGGACCAUGUGACUGAGACACGCCACCAAAGGCCUUUUCUCAGGAAAUUACAUUUCAACUUUUAUAAACACAAAAAAUGA